AUGAAGGAGAAAGACACCUCCAACCGCGUCGGCAUAGCACAGUCGCCGCCAUUCUCGACUUACCGCUGUGCUGGCGCAGCGGUAAGGAGGCUGACCCAGCAGGAACGCUCCGCCCUGACCCGCUUCCCACCGGGUUCCCGUCUUGUCCCGCGCUGUCUUAAAUCAACGCAUGGGUCCCGUGCGCUGGGAGGUCACGAGGAGCGCCCUUGGCAAUUGGGCGCCCGCCGGCUCGUGGGCGUCACAAUGCCUUGCUUCGUGACCCACGUUGCACGUGCAAGCAAGCGCCCUCACGAGGACGCCCACGAACCCACAGCAAGCGCCCUCACGACGACGCCCAAGAACCCACAUCGCCCUCGCGACGACGCCCAAGAACCCACAUGCAAGCGCCCUCGCGACGACGCCAAGAACCCACAUGCAAGCGCCCUCGCGACGACGAACCACAUGCAACGCCCUCGCGACGACGCCCCCACAUGCAAGCGCCCUCGCGACGACGCCAAGAACCACAUGCAAGCGCCCUCGCGACGAACGCCAAGAACCCACAUGCAAGCGCCCUCGCGACGACGCCCACAUGCAAAACCCACAUGCAAAACGCCCUCGCGGACGACGCCCAUGAACCCACAUGCAAACGCCCUCGCGACGACGCCCAAGAACCCACAUGCAAACGCCCUCGCGACGACGCCAGAACCCACAUGCAAGCGCCCUCGCGACGACGCCCAAGAACCCACAUGCAAGCCCCUCGCGACGACGCCCAGAACCCACAUGCAAACGCCCUCGCGACGACGCCAAGAACCCACAUGCAAACGCCCUCGCGACGCCCGAACCCACAUGCUCGCGACGACGAACCCACAUGCAAACGCCCUCGCGACGACGCCCAAGAACCACAUGCAAAGCGCCCGCGACGACGCCAGAACCCACAUGCAAACGCCUCGCGAGCCCAAGAACCACAUGCAAGCGCCCUCGCGACGAACCCACAUGCAAACGCCCUCGCGAGGACGCCCAUGA